GAAAAGAAGAUUUUAACGUUUGUUAUUUAUCUUGCUAAAAUCUUUGAAGUAUAUAAAGAACAAUGUCAAGUCCUAUGAGAUCACCAACUGCAGAUAGUCCUAGAAGAACUCCUAGAAGACAAACUCAGGGUAUAAGAUCUCCUUCCGUUCUUGGUACUCCUCGUACUAUGGUUCGUAAUGGAGUUGAUAAUAAUGUAGAGACUCCAUUAAGGUGGGGUACCAGUGGCACACAACAAAAUACCAGGAGCCGAGCUGCCACAAUUGUUGCUUCUUCUGAACAUGAAAGUGGUGCUGAUUCUGGUGACCAUUUUACAGAUCAUUCUGGACCAAUUAAUGGUUCAGAAAGUGGUUUGCAAUUAUCUUCUCCAAUUAAUUAUGGUACACCAAGCUCAUUGGGAUCAAUUCGUACUCCAAGAAGUGGAAUCCGAGGUACUCCAAUUAGGCAUAGACCUGAUAUUAACACAGACAGGCAUUUACGCCAAUUCACCUUGCAAGAACCAAUUUCAGAAGCACAGAAUGCUACAUCAGAAAGUGAUACAGCAGGACCCCAUUUAGUUGUUUGGGGAACAAAUGUAAUUAUAAGUCAGUGCAAAGAACAAUUCAAAUUAUUUUUUCAACAAUAUGUUGAUCCAAAUGCAGAGAAUGAUGAAUUACCGGAAAAUAUGAAUUUGUCGGAACCUUUGUAUCUUCAAAAAUUGGAAGAAAUACACACUUUGGAAGAACCAUACUUAAAUGUCAAUUGUGCUCAUGUAAAAACUUUUGAUGAACAUCUUUAUCAACAAUUGGUUUCUUAUCCUCAAGAAGUGAUUCCAACACUAGACAUGGCAGCAAAUGAAUUAUUCUUUGAAAAAUUUCCAGCAGCUGUUUUGGAACACCAAAUCCAAGCGCGCCCGUUUAAUGUAGCUAAGAUCAAAACAAUGAGAGAAUUAAAUCCUUGUGAUGUAGAUCAAUUAAUUACAAUUCCAGGAAUGGUAAUUAGAGUGUCACGAUUAAUUCCACAAAUGCGAGAAGCUUAUUUUAAAUGUAGCGUUUGCGCCUUUACAACUCUUGUAGAGAUUGAAAAAGGAAAAACAAAAGAACCCACAGUAUGUGCACAUUGCACACAUAAAUAUUCUUUCACUUUAAUACAUAAUUUAAGUCACUUUUCUGAUAAACAAAUGAUUAAAUUGCAAGAAGCUCCAGAUGAAAUGCCACAGGGACAGACUCCACAUACUAUUGUUUUAUUUGCACAUAAUAAUUUAGUAGAUGCAGUGAUGCCUGGAGAUAGAGCUUCUGUUACUGGAAUUUAUAGAGCAGCAACACAUAAGCCUAAUUUUGAGCAUAAUUUACAAGCUAUUUAUAGAACAUAUAUUGAUGUAGUUCAUUUUAGAAAACAAGACUCUAAACGAUUAUACGAUCAAAAGGACGGUAAAGAACAUAAUUUUACACCUGAAAGAGUGGAAAUUUUAAAAUUAUUUGCACAAACGGAGGAUAUUUAUGAACGAUUAGCCAAACAUAUUGCUCCUAGUAUAUAUGCAAAUGAUGAUGUAAAAAAAGGAAUUGUAUUACAAUUAUUUGGUGGAACUAGAAAAUCUUCUACUUUACAUGGCAAACAUUUUCGACCUGAUAUUAAUAUACUACUCUGUGGUGAUCCUGGCACAAGCAAAUCGCAGUUGUUACAAUAUAUUUAUAAUUUGGUACCUCGAUCUCAAUAUACCAGUGGGAAGGGUUCUAGUGCAGUUGGUUUAACAGCUUAUGUUACAAAAGACCCAGAAACUGGACAAUUAAUAUUACAAACAGGAGCUUUAGGUCUUGCAGAUAAUGGAAUAUGUUGUAUUGAUGAAUUUGAUAAAAUGAGUGAAAAUGCAAGAUCAGUAUUACAUGAAGUAAUGGAGCAGCAAACUUUGAGCAUUGCUAAAGCUGGAAUUAUUUGUCAAUUAAAUGCUCGAACUAGUAUACUUGCAGCUGCUAAUCCAUGUGAAUCUCAAUGGAACAAAAAUAAAACUGUGAUUGAAAAUGUGAAAUUACCACAUACUCUACUUUCUAGAUUUGAUUUAAUUUUUUUAAUGUUAGAUCCUCAAAGCGAUACUUACGAUAAGAAACUUGCGACUCAUAUGGUGUCCCUGUAUUACAAAACACCAGAAGAAACUGAAGAUGAACAAAUAAGUAGAAGUAUUGUUCGUGAUUAUAUAGUUUUUGCAAAAGAACAUGUUCAUCCUGUUCUCAAUGAAGAAAGUCAACAAAGACUCAUACAAGCUUAUGUUGAUAUGAGAAGAGUUGGAAGAGGACGUGGUCAAAUAACAGCAUAUCCUAGACAAUUAGAAUCUCUGAUCCGAUUGUCUGAAGCGCAUGCUAAAGUACGAUUAAGUUCUGUUGUAGAAUUGCAAGAUGUUGAAGAGGCAUGGAGAUUACAUAGAGAAGCUUUAAAACAAUCUGCAAUUGAUCCAUUAAGUGGCAAAAUAGAUAUAACUAUUUUAACUACAGGUAUAUCUUCAGUAGCUAGAAAGAAAAAAAAGGAAAUAUAUGAUGCACUCCAGAAACUUAUUGAAAAUAAAGAUAAAGUUCAUAUACUUAAUCAACAAAAACUUUUUGCUGAAAUAAGGCAGUCUUCUGAAUUGCUGAUUACUAGAGAUAUGUUUGAAGAUGCUUUAAGAGAACUACAAGAUAAUAGAAUAAUCACAAUAAUUGGAAAAAGCAGUAUUCGCAUUUCUUAA